CCAGGAAAUCACAGGUUAGUGUGUGCAAUGCGGAAUGAAAAUGUCCUUCCAACCAGGAGAAAGCAAUGGAAAUGCGUAACGCUGCAACACUGCGACGUGUAAUUCCAAGCUCUGUUCGUGGAUGAGUCCCGCUGAUCUCCAGUCAGUGUCACGACCAGCCUAGAGGCCAGAACUGAGUCCCUGCCGGGAGCGAGUCGGAUGUGAGCGCGUCUGCAGGAGCUGAGAUGUCAUUUAGAAGUGCAGAGGGCAUGUCCAUCAUGCAGGCCUUGGCUAUGACCGUGGCUGAGAUACCGGUGUUCCUGUAUUCCACCUUUGGACAGUCUAUAUUCUCUCAGCUGAAGUUGAGCCCUAAUCUGAAGAAGGUUCUGUUCGCGACUGCGCUGGGCAGCGUCGCUCUGGCACUGACCGCACAUCAGUUAAAGAGACGGGGCAGGAAGAGGAAACAGGUGGUGGGUAAAGAAGCACAGAAACCUGUGGGCAUCCCAGAUCAGCUGCUCCGAACCAGCCGGCCGGCCUCGCUCAAGAGAGGUCCGGCUCCAGGUCGGCAGAUGAUGAGUCCCAGCACCCGCAGUAAUGACACGCUCAGCGGCGUCUCGUCUCUCGCACAAAGCAAACACUCGAGCUCUUCACACAGCAUCGCCUCUAUGCGAGUCCCCUCCUCUCCCAACCAAUCAGUGAACACCGGGAUGCCGUGGGAGGCGGAGCCUGUGGCAGAGGAGGCGGGAGGCGGAGAGGAUGCCAAUGCUGAGAACCUGUAUCUCAUGGGUAUGGAGCUUUUUGAGGAAGCCCUUCGGAAGUGGGAACUGGCUUUAAACAUCAGACACAGAGAUCACUCCGGUGCAUCUGGCUCCAGCAGUCUCGCCCCGCAAGGCUCAGAACUUGUUGAGCGUCAUUCGCCUGAACUUCAUAAUCAUGAGUUUGCGGAGAAGCUGGAAUCUCUGCUGCACCGAGCCUAUCAUCUUCAGGAAGACUUCGGCAGCACCAUCCCGCCGGACAGCCUGCUCGCUGAUCUGGAGAGUGAAGGAACGCUGAUUCUGCCCACAGUGGGAAGCUCCCAUCCGAUCCGGGACGACGAUGCCACGACAGUCACGUCGGACGACUCGUUCUUCUCUGCGGCUGAGUUGUUUGAGACGUUCUCACUAGAGGACACGUAUCAUCCGCUGAAGCCGGCAGCUCUGUACGAAGAAGCAUUAGGUUUAGUGAGAGAUGGAAAUGUGACAUGCAGAUCACUGAGAACUGAACUUCUGGAGUGUUACAGCGAUCAUGACUUCCUUGCCAAACUGCACUGCGUUCGACAGGCCUUCCAGGUGCUACUGCUGGAUGAGAGACACAGAAUGUUCUUCAUGGAAACAGGGAAGCGGAUGAUAUCUGGACUCCUGGCCAAAGCCAACAAGAGUCCAAAGGCGUUUCUGGAGAGUUAUGAUGAAAUGUUGCAGUACACGCAGAGAGAAGAGACGUGGCCAGUCACCAAGAUGGAGCUGGAUGGACGAGGGGUGGUCUGUAUGAACUUCUUUGACAUUGUGCUGGACUUCAUCCUGAUGGAUGCGUUUGAAGAUCUGGAAAGUCCUCCGUCUUCUGUGGUCGCGGUUCUGAGGAACCGAUGGCUCUCGGAUAGUUUCAAGGAGACGGCAUUGGCUACAGCUUGUUGGUCUGUCCUAAAAGCCAAAAGGAGACUGCUAAUGGUUCCUGACGGUUUCAUUGCCCAUUUCUAUGCCAUCUCUGAACAUGUGAGUCCAGUUUUGGCUUUCGGGUUUCUGGGGCCCCGACAGCACCUCAGUGAGGUGUGCACCAUAUUCAAGCAACAGAUCGUGCAGUAUCUGAAGGACAUGUUUGACCAUGAUAAGGUGCGUUUCACGUCCAUCCCGUCUCUGGCCGAAGACAUCCUCAGUCUGUCCCACAGACGGGCAGAUAUCCUGGUGGGUUACCUGGGCAUUGACAGACUACCUGAGACCAAUGGAAGUCUACCCAAGAGCCCUUGCCAAGCCGCCAGCGGGCAUCCAGACGUCAGUGAGCAGCAAGACUGAGGUGCAGAAUGCUUGAUGUCCUAAUCUAGUUUUGAAAGGUCCUAGGUCUCAUUUAUCUAUUCUUCAUCAGCAUGACUGGAAAGAGUUACUGCUACAGUCUCGUUUCAUCGAAUAUUUAGAGAGAUAAACCACUACAGACUUAUCUGAGGUCAACCGAGGCCUUUCCUUGCAAAUUUCAGUUUGCCACCGAAUAUCCAGCGCUGCUAAAUAGACACCUCAAUUUUAAGAACUGGGAUUCGCCUUGAUCGACGAAUGCUUCGGGAACCGAUUCUUUCUGAAACCAUUGAACAACUCGCCAUGAUCUGAAGGAACUGAAUAAAAAGCAUCUUUUAGCCAAACAGUGCAGCCUUGUUUUGAGUUGCAGAUCUUCUCAAUCAAACCCACACCGUAUCAACUGAUGCCUCUUUCGUUGAGAAUCUUGCUUUUUUCCCUUUCUUUUUUUUUGCCUGGUCGGUUUGCAGAUUAUUAAGUAUAAACGCGUGUUGUUGAGCGUUUAUGCUUGUGCCAAUGGCCAAAUAAAGUCUUGCACUGAACACAAUGAAGAGGGAGAAUCAAGACAGACUUAUGAACAUUAGAGUAAGUCUGUCAGCACGUUUUAGAUGUGAAGGCAGUUUGAGGGAUUUUAAAGAGAGACUCACACAGGAAGUGCGUCAUUAUAACAGGAUGUAGCGGUCAGAUCACAUUAGCUGAGCUCACUUGUGUCCUCUGAGAGUUGCUGUAGCCCUUGUGGUUUGU